UCGACAAAUCCGCGGUCACACUGUGGAGACGUCAAAUUUAUUGAUUCUCUGAUAAAAAAAACUGGGAAAUAUUGUGCAGCGCGGGGGGAGAGAUCACGACUUUCGGUCAAAUUGAAACGGAGGCCACAUUACCUGCCCCAAGUACUUAAUCUAUCUUGCCACCACCUGCCCCCUUCCCGCCUACGAUCCCACAGUCAUUGGCCCUGUCCACCAGGGAAGAUACCGAAAAUGGUGGACGCUGCCAGACAAAUGCUCGAUGAGCUAAUGGGCCGCAAUCGGAACUUGCAUCCUUCGGAGGCAGGACUCAAGGUGAACUGGGAGGAUCCGGAGUUUUGUCAGUUCUACAACGUAAAGUUCUGCCCGCACGAUCUCUUCAUCAACACACGUGCCGAUCUCGGCCCCUGCGCCCGCAUUCACGACGAGGAGGCCAAACAUCUCUACGAGGAGGCGCGUCCUGCACGGAAGCGCCAGUACGAGGAUGAGUUCCUUCGCUUCUGCAACGUGAUGCUGCACGACGUGGACAGAAAGAUCCAAAAGGGUAAGCAGCGUCUGCAGCUAAUGCAGCGCGAUCAGCCGCCGCCGUCGCUACAACUGAGCAAGCAUCAGGACCAGUUGAACACUCUGAAUGCCCGCAUCAGCAAGCUGUUGGCGGAAGCCGAAGAGGCUGGCAUCCGCGGUGAUGUUGACCAGGCCCAAGAUCUGAUGACGCUCUGCGAGGAGGUCAAGGAGGAGAAGGAGCAACUGUUGCAGCAGUACGAUGCCAGCCGAAAGGCAAACAGCAAGAUGAUUGCCCCGGACCCGACUAGUGCGGACGAUCCCAUGCCCAGUCCCGGGACAAGCUUCAGCGAUGUCCCAGCGAUCCAUGACAGCACCCCAACCACAACCCCAAACCCAGCCGCCACUGAUUUGGCCGACGAAGCAGCAGCAGCCGCGGCAAUAGCAGUAGCAGCCUCCCCAACCGAAAUGGUCCCAGAGGCAACUGGAAGUGGAGCAGGCCCAGGAGCAGAUGGGGAGAACAAGUCAGACAAUACAGACAACAAGUCGCAGUCAAAUUGGUCGCACGAAGCCCUGCCCGAGAAACAGAUGAAGGUGUGCGAGAUCUGCGGCGCCUUUCUGAUUGUGGGCGAUGCUCAGCAGCGCAUUGAAGACCAUCUGAUGGGAAAACAGCACCUGGGCUACUCUAAGGUGCGCAACGCGGUGGCAGAAAUCAACGACGAGCGGCAGAAGGAGCGCGACCAGGAGCGCGAGCAGGAACGCGAGCAGGAGGAACGAAGACGGCGCGAGGGUCGGGGCCAGCGCUUUAACUCAUACGACAAUAGACGCGAGCCGCGCGACUAUCGGGAGCGCAGUCGCGACUAUGUCCAGAACCGCCAGACCUCAGACAGGCGACAUCAUCACCACAAGUCGCACCACGGCCACUCGUACUCGCGCAGUGGGAGCAACAGCAACAACAGCAACCGGAGCAGGCACCACAACCACAGCCACUAUCGGCACGACAGCCGCGAGCGACACGGUCGCAGUCGCAGCCGCAGCCGCUACUAGAGACCAAAAACGUUGAGACGGUUAGCACUUAAGCUGAAACUCUAGGCCAGAAGCAGAAGAAGAAGAAGAAGAUGCAGAAGCACACCAAAAUCCGAGAAAACCAACACGAGCUCAGCAGUAUCCGCGGUCCUUGUAGCUAACCCAAUGUACCCAACGCAUCCGCGCAUCCACAGCAAGCACAAGCAAGCAAUGUGCCCGAGUUUACGUCUCUUCCCCAUUGCUGCUGCAGCCGAAAUCGAAACUGAAACCGAAGAAGAAACACCACCAUCGAGGUACCCCAAAAAUAAUUAACAAAAUUUCAAGUAACAUGUAUCAGAACAGUAAAAAAGAAACAGAUUCAGAGUGAAUGAGAGUGAACUGAACUGGCAGGCGAGAUCAGAUCCUUGCCAGAGCAAGGCCAAUGAGGUGAGUCGAACACUUGCUACUCCCGGUAUCACCUACCGUACCGUACCGUACCACUUCACACCGUAGAAAUACCACAAGCUCUAUAUUGUUUAAAUAUACAUAAAUGAUUCCCGUGUACGCAUACAUACCAGAAUAACUAUGUAACUCUCCACUCUCCAUUGUGAAACUGAACCAGAAACAAAGACCGCGCCAGACAGGCAGAAUCCAAGUACGACAUUUACACCAUAGAAAGAGGAGCCUUGAGCACUGUUGUGAUGAAUUGUAAAGUCAGAACCGAACUGAGAUGACAUGUGAAGUAUAGAUUUAGCAGGAUAGGGAAGGGAGAGAGAGAGAGAGAGAAACCGUCGAAUAUUUUCACUCUUGAUUGAAUGGGAAUGGGAAUUGUACAGAAACGGAUGUUGAAAUACUUGAGCUAUCCCCCCCAUAUAUUUGUUCAUUCAAUACUGGGAAGAGAGGAUCAUACAUACAUCAAUGUAGAUGUGCAUACAUAUCUACAGUUGCGGUCAAAAUAAUAGUAGUGCUACCGAAAAUUAUGAAAUCUACAGAAUUUUAUGCAAAACUUUUGUUUUUAAACAAAACAUGAAUGGUUUAUUUAACAGUUUCAAGCUUUUUUAGUUUCGUUUUUGGUCAUUUGGUACCGGUGUCGUGGGGCGUGGCAAACACUCUAGGGCGGAGAAAGCUUCGUGCUUAAAGGACUCGUUUCAGUAGGAAAGUAAUAUUUCGAGAUGAUAAUCACUAUUGGUUGUUUAGCUAUUAUGAUCAGAAAUGAUAAUAAAUAAGAACCAUAAAGCAAAACACGCGAUCAAAGAAGUUAUUCGACAAAAUAUCAGUAGACCAACCAUUACGACAGGUGAGGUGCGACCAUUUUGCUCCUGCUGCAGCAUUAAAAAAAUGUUUAAUUUUGAAACUAGUACCGAAACCAUUAGAAGAAGCGAUUAAGAUUUUAAUAUAAUGACACGAAGCCAUAGGAAAAAAUGUUUACUGUGGAAUACCCAAAUUGACCAGUGUAAAAGUGGAAGAAUAUUUUAUAUUCGAACUAGUUUAAAAUUGUUUUGUUUUUUGUAGCCUGGUAUCUCGUUAGUAUCUAAGACAACCACGGUUUUCUGAAAACUGCUUCCGUAAACAAUGUUUUGGGCGAGAUUUUCCAGAUACGGAAUUCGACCAUUAUGUGUGUUAAAAACAUAUUGGAUCGUCAUUUAUACAUUCAAAUAUCGACCGAAAUUAUUCUACCUUAUGCGUCUGAGGAUAUGCAACUAAUUUGGACGUCCGAGGAGAAAAAAGAUCCGAAGGACAGCCGCAAAGUUGCCAAAGAGUGGUUCGCUGCCAAUACAGUAAAUUUAUUGGAGUGAAUCUCAGUCUAAUAGAGAAUUUAUGAUGUUAUACAUAUGAGAGCAAAAGUCUAAUAAAUAACACAAUCAGC